CCAGCGGCGUGUUUCCGCUCGCAGCAGGCCGACAGAGGGAACACGGUAAUCCAUGCAGGCGUACCGAGAAUCACAGGACAUCCACGGAACAAUCGGCAGCUACUGCGGGACAGCGUUUAGAGGACAGAUUGUUUGAUCCCCGGGGGGCUGCGGUUGUACAUGUUUGAGGAAGUAACAGAAGCCGAAGGAAAAGAAGAAGAAGGAGUGGCAGCUGGACUGUCAGCAAUGGAAGCCGAGUUUCGGGAAAUCGAUGAAAACGGGAGUUGGAACGCCGUCUACCAGGAGAUUCGCCAGCAGUCGUGUGAACUGCCCUGCAAAGUCGCCAAAUUGCCCGAAAACAAGAAUCGCAACCGUUACAGAGACGUCAGCCCAUUUGACCACAGCAGAAUAUGUCUGCAGCUGGGAACCAACGACUACAUCAACGCCAGCCUAAUAACGGUGGAGGAGGCGCAGAGGAAGUACAUCCUCACUCAGGGACCCCUUCCAAAUACAUGUGGCAACUUCUGGGAGAUGGUGUGGCAGCAGAGGACCCGCGGCGUGGUGAUGCUGAACCGCGUCAUAGAGAAAGGAUCCAUUAAAUGUGCCCAAUACUGGCCAGCCAGCGAGGAGCAGGACGCGGUCUUCGAAGAUGCCAAUUUCAAGCUCACCCUCAUUUCGGAAGACAUCAAAUCGUACUACACGGUCCGUCAGCUGGAGCUGGAAAAUCUCUCGACUCGCGAGACUCGGGACGUUUUGCACUUUCACUACACCACCUGGCCCGACUUUGGCGUGCCGGAGUCUCCCGCCUCCUUCCUCAACUUCCUGUUCAAGGUGCAGAAGUCGGGUUGCCUGAAUUCCGACCAGGGGCCGGUGGUGGUGCACUGCAGCGCCGGCAUCGGGCGCUCCGGGACCUUUUGUCUCGUGGACACGUGCCUGCUCUUGAUGUCCACCCGCAAGGACCCGUCUUCGGUGCGCAUUCGCGACGUGCUGCUGGAGAUGCGGCGCUAUCGCAUGGGCCUGAUUCAGACGGCGGAUCAACUUCGGUUCUCCUACCUCGCUGUCAUUGAAGGGGCCAAGUACAUCAUGGGAGAUGCAUCUCUGCAGGAGUCCUUGAAAGAGCUCUCAAAUGAGGAAGAUGAUCCUCCAGAGUUCACCCCUCCGCCUCCGCUUCCUCCUCCCAGAGACCCUCAGAACGGCAAAGUCGAGCGAUCCUUCUUUCCCGAAAAUGAGGAGAUCAUCCAGCAGAAGGAGAUCCACAGUCUGGGGUCCUCACGAGAGCCGGAGCUGCGGAAGAGGGCCGCCGCUCCACCCCAGCCUCCCCCCGAGGGCGCCGCUCCGCAUCCUGGCACCGAACAUCCCGCCCCCGAAGCCUCGACGACAUCUCGGCGGCCAGAGACGGAGCAGCAGCAGCCGGCGCCAAAGGAAAGCCCCCCCGGGCCAGGAGCGUGGUCCCCCCUGCUGACCAACGUGUGCGUGUGCACGGCCGUGGCUGUCGGCGCCUACGUCUGCUAUCGGGCCUGCUUCCACUGAUGCCCGUCCUUCCUCCUCCUCCUCCUCCUCCUCCUCCUCUCUGGGCUUACUCUGCGAGUGAGGGAUUUAUUUGGACCUCGGCAGAUUCGUUUAUUUUACAACUGCGGCGUGGAGGGGGUUCGGGGGGGUCGGGGGGCAGUGGGCCCUCCGCGACCCCCCCCCCCCCCCCCCCCCCGCACCCGUUGACCACCCGAACGGUCUUUCCAUGCGUCGUCGUGAAUGCUCAGGGCCUUCGUUUUUUUUCAGGCGUCACUAUCCCAAAUCUGUGUGCUGACUCAAACCCCAAAAGGAGCUCCCCCCCCCCCC